AAUAAUACCUGAUGGUAAGAAAAAUCAUUUGAUCCUAAAUCAUUCAUUGAUGAAACAGGACACAAACACGACAAAUUAGUAAAACAUAAACCAGAUUUAAGUCACAGAGUCCUUCUACAAGAGCAGAACUACAUGCUGGAGUGUGGAGGAGCUGUCAAAGCUGACAUUUUACUUUACUGGUGCAAAUUUCCAACAAAUUUACAGUUAGUGAAAAUAUUUAGACCAAAAUGAUGUGGAGUAAACCUGAGGCCUCUUAAGGGUCUCUGGGGGUCAGUGACCUUGACUGUCAGUGGUAGUACAGUACAUUUCCCUCUCUGAAGAGACAUGAGGACUUUCUGCUUAAUAAACUUUUUUCUUGGGGAUUAGGGACUUGCAUAAUUGACUUUUACUGGAUGUUACUUCAUGCAUCCAAGUCACUAUUCUGUCCUUUUAACUACAUUUAUUUGAAGCAGGUAGUUGUUAUUUUACAGAGGGCUCACAAAAACAAAAGACUGGGUAAAGUUUAUUUAUUCAACACAAGAAAAGGAAGAACAAAAGCCAAAUAAAACUAGAAAACCAUGCAUUAUACAUUAUACAAUACACAUCAUCAACUAAAUACAACAAGCACAGAAAAUAAAAGCUGUGGUACUGGCUCUUCAUCGUGGUUCUUUGGUUUACUAAUAGAAAUAUGAAUAUGAAUAUUUUUGAAUAAUGAGACAUUCUCACAGAUGAAUUGUUUAAGAUGAAGUCUGGUUUUCUAUGAAAUGUUCUGGCUCCUGUUUGAAUUAAAUCUUCAAAUUGUUUCUGCUGGUUGCUUCAUUAUUUUGUAACAAUAGCGUUUAAAGAUUGUGCCAACCAGCCUGUGAUGGGAACCACUAAUUACCUAAAUUUAGAAAACACUUGUGUACAUUAAACGUAAUUAAACGUAUUCAUUUAUAGCUGGUGAGAUAAUUCAAACAUAAAGUAUGCCAGAGAAAUACAGCACAAAGUGAAAGGUGUGCCAACCAACCAAGGUCUCUCCACUGAAGUGUUUCACAAACUCCAAGUCCUGUAUGAUCUUCCUAUGAUCCCUCCAUUAUAACACAUGCCAAAUUAAGCCCUGUGAUUCACGGAAUAAUUGACGAUCAUCGACCGACAUCAUCCACUCCAGCUGUGCGUAAAAGCGCCAUGUGCGCAAAAUGAGCGUUAAUGGAUCCCCGUGGCGCAAUGGCGCAUCAUCAUCAGAGAAGACGCGCUGUUGUUCUCUCCUCCGGCAUUUAAGACUAAUCCACCAGAGAGGUGUAGACUACCUGCACACAAAUAUCUCGCAUUAGCCGUAACCCAGCCUAAAAGGAUUCAGCUUUUAUACUUUUAUGCGAAGGGAUUUGGGUGAAAUUACGCACGGUUUGCAACGAUGGAGAUAGUUAAAGUUGUUCUGAUACUCGUGUUGCUCCUGACAAAUGUGUUCUGUCAAGAUAUGGAUGAUGACAGCUGGAGAGAAGGCAGCGAGGAGAAUAAAUGGACAAACCCUGAAGUAAUCCAAGAUAUAUUAGUGAGAAUGAUCAGAAAACCAGGACCACGCCAAUACCUCGGACUCAUGGGGAAGAAAGACUCUGCAAAAGUGCAGACAGCUCGUAAACGGCACAAAUUUCAAACCUUUGUGGGUCUGAUGGGUAGAAGGAGCUUUGAUGAACAAGGAGCCCAGUGAGCUGCAGAGAGGACUGAAGAUUACUGAGGAAAACGAUAUUUGUUUUGCUUUUUUCAUUUCAGACUGACAGUUUUUUUUGGUUGUUUGUUUUGUCAGUCUGUCAUCGUUUCAUAAAAAUGUAACAUCUAACAGUGGAGUUUGGCAAUGUUGGCAAACACUUUAAGGCAACCAGCGACAUCUAGUGGGAAAACAAAGCGGUGAAAAACAUUGGAAAUAUUAAAUGAUCACUACAACUAAUUUAACAGUGAUAUUUUCAAUGAUAUAAAAAGUGUCAUGUACUACUUCACAAUAAAAGUCUAGAUCAUUCUCCAUAAUAAAACCAUCUCACCCCUCAAUAUCAUCACAGGUUUAUUAAGUGACUUUGUACAAUACAAAUGAAAAAUAAAAUUAAAAAUACA